CCUCCGUAACGCCGCUGGCGUAGGGACUGGAGCAGGGUCGUGCCAGGCCCCCUCCGGGCGCGCCAUCCCAGGCCUGUUUUGCCCUGCUUUGCCCUGCUCCGGCUGGCCCGGCGUCGGCGCUCUUCGGGUUAGAGUAAGAGCUCACGGCCCCGCCCUCCGUCCGCCAUUUCUCCGCUUCCAGCUUGGUCCCAGGAGGGGUACGCAAUAUCAACAAGGCGAGCGACGAGCGGGAGCCCGAUCCGCCGACAUUAAACCGUCCUCCGGUGAAAAUAAUGCGGACAGGAGCGGGAAUAAAUCCCGGGAAGGCACUGCCAGGUUAAUAAGUGACAGAUCACGGAGAGGGAUCCUUAUCUGUACUAUCCGCUCGCUUGUUUUGCGAAGGCGCAUUGCAGGCCGCCAUUUUUGAUCACUUCUUUUUUAAAGUCUGUAAGUGUACGGGAACAAAGCUGGUGUUACAUUUGUACCGCGGUUACGACGGUGUAACUCGGGUCCACCGCUGUGAGUAGCUGGGGAGCAAUGCGACACUGGGAUCGCUUGGCCGGAGUAGUCUUUCUCCUAACGGGCUGCCCGGUUAACUGUACUCGGCUAGCCAGCUAGUUUUACGGGUUGCAUUUUUUUGUUUUGUAACAGCGCGUUUAUGGGCGGCCCGUUAUGCUUUAGUUAGUCUCUAAAUAAGCCGCGAAGGUCCGCCGGGAAACUGAGCCCGGAGUCCCCGUUAGUGUGAAAGCUGCCGCUCGCUCGUCGUCUGGCUGGACGGCGGGGGUAGCUGGCCGGACCGCGCGGUUCGAGGCGGGCUCAGGGUAUUGCUAAGUGCGAACCACCCUAAAAAUAAAGGGUCGAAUUAUAUUUUUGGAAGGAAAUUAGAGGGAAACUGAUCUGCGGUUCGCUGAUCUGCUGCUCAUUCUGUUGGACUGCGGGCUGCAGCGAGCUCCGGUGCAUCGCCGCUCAUAUCCCGUCACGGUUUUUUGACUUUAUUUAUUUGGGUUCGGUAUACAUACAUAAAAAUAUAUAUAUAUAGGAAGUUUGCGUGCUGCGUUUGCGAAGCAUGUCAUCCGCGCGCUUCGACUCUUCGGACCGGUCCAGUUGGUACUUCGGUCCCGUCUCGCGCCAGGAGGCGCAAAGCCGGCUGCAGGGACAGAGACACGGCGUCUUCUUGGUCCGGGACUCCUCCACCUGCCCUGGCGAUUACGUGCUAUCGGUGUCGGAGAACUCCAAAGUUUCUCACUACAUUAUAAACUCGCUGCCCACCAAGAGGUUUAAGAUCGGCGACCAGGAGUUCGACAGUCUGCCCGCCCUGCUGGACUUCUACAAGAUCCAUUACCUGGACACGACAACGCUCAUAGAGCCGGCUGCCAGGUAUGUUAACCCCGCAGUGAGCAGUAGCCCAGCGAUGCCGCUGACUGGCUUGGAUGAGAACCUGGAGUAUGUGCGGACUCUGUACGACUUCAUGGGCAACGACGCCGAGGACUUGCCCUUCCGGAAGGGCGAGAUCCUAGUAAUCUUGGACAAGCCGGAGGAGCAGUGGUGGAGCGCCCGGAACAAAGAGGGCCGUGUGGGCAUGAUCCCUGUGCCCUACGUGGAGAGGCUGGUGCGCUCCAGUGCUCACCCAGGCACCCUGCCCCAUGGCAGCCGUAAUUCCAACAGCUAUGGGUUCCCCGAGCCAGCCCACGCGUACGCACAGCCCCAGACGCCCUCACCCCUGCCGGCCGGGCCCGGUCCCCUGCCCUCCACGCAGAACGGCCCCGUCAUGGCCAAGGCCAUCCAGAAAAGAGUGCCCUGUGCCUACGACAGGACUGCCCUGGCGCUAGAGGUGGGGGACGUGGUCAAAGUGACCCGGAUGAACAUUAGCGGCCAGUGGGAAGGCGAGGUCAAUGGCCGCAAAGGGCUCUUCCCCUUCACCCAUGUGAAAAUAAUCGACCCACAGAAUCCGGACGAGAACGAAUGAGACGGCGCCCCGUGCCCUCCCGACUCCCUCCGCCAUCGGCCGUGGCGUGCCGUACCGCUGUGGGGAACGCAGCUGUUUACAUGACGUUCAUGGAAAUCAGUGUUCGCUAGCCGCUGCUCCCAAGCUCUGCUCCUCAAAACAGCCGUUUACCUGUUGCCUAGCCACAGGUUCACCCACCCACCAAACCCCCCCACUUUCACCAGUAUCAGGUGAAGUGUGCACUGUUGCUCUGGUGCAAUGUUUGGUAUGCUAUUUUUUUUCUUCCUUCAAGCUGCCUGAGCUUUUGCAGGUAAGAUUACAAGUCUGGCUUCGCUAGUCAACCAGGGAAGCUUUUAAACAGUGAAAGUUAAAAAAGAGAAAAGGAAAAACUCGAAAUAAAGCAACGGUCCCAUGGUCUCGUGCAGCACCGGUGACGCUAAAGCACGUGAGAGCGCGUAUGUGGGCACGUGAUGCAGGUGAUGGUUUUUAUAUCUUUGCGGACACAUCCUUGGGUUUGAAUGAGGAGGACUCAUCCCAAGUGUGGCGUUGAUGGAGUCGCAACUGGGGGGAUGUUGUAGGUUCAAUGGAGACCCUUCUGCCCGGACUGAAAAUGCUGAAACUGGGAAAACACGGAAAUUAUGAAACCGCAGAAACCCAGCUCACGAACUUUAAUCCCCCACCCCAGACUACAUCGCCUUAUACCUAGUUGCGCGAAUAUUCACACCAACUGGACGUUACUGCUUUCAUAAGGCCGCUGGUUGCAGUAAAAGCAGAACUAGUGGCAUUUAGCACGGAACUAGUUGUAAAGCAUUUCCUACUCGGUGACGUUUUUUUCUUUCUGCUGCCAGUUUGGUUUUAGUAGUGAAAGGAUGACUUGAAACAGUCCAGUUGGUUUAAAUCGCGCGGGGGAAUAAACGUUAAGAUGCGCCGUAUUCGCGGCUGUUUAUGCAUUGCUUCGGGUUAAAGCAGACGUGUCAGCCUCCCCUUCUGCCUAAAACCCCUGCUUGUUUUAAGAUUUACGUGUUCAUACCAGAUAUAAACCCGCAACAAUGUGGGGGCGACUUGCUGUGAAAAUAUGAAUAUCUUUAAAGGCAGACUGCCGGAGCGCUGAAAUCUAAUUCGGGUUUUGACCUGAUAUGAACAGUAAACAGGCGUCAUGUCCCAUCUGACUGAAGUCGUUUUUGUAGGCUGUCACGUUAUGCUCUUCAUGAUAAAAAAAAAAUACGACCUGUGCCAUCAAUCUCCCGAGCUUUCCCCCUAUUUUCCCGCUAGAUCCUUACUGCAGGAUGCGAUGCCCCAUCCUUAACCCGCUAGCUUCUUGUAUCGUGCACUAAACUAACGGCGACGAACCCGCAGGAGCCUCAGCCCGAGGAUACCGCUUUUAAUUCUGAAAAAAAUGGAGAUCGCCUGCAAGUGGCUGGCUUGCAUGAUGCUCUGACCCGCUUUUUAAAACCAAGCUACGCGUUCCAUCUGCCGGGAAUCGCCUUAUCAUUACUUGUGCAGUUCCUCAUCUCUUUAGUCCUUCGGAUCAAGCAAUAUUACAGUUUCUAGUUUUUAAAAAAAUAGGUAUUUUAAUUUCUUUUAAAAACAUUGAGGAUUGAACUAUAUGCCUUUUGACAUUAACAGUAUUACUGUGCUUUUUGUUUAUAUUUUAUUAAAAAAAACUAAAUUGUGCCUUUUAUUUUCUUACAUUUACAUGCAUCACAUGGUUGGUAACGUGUGUGUGUAAACUCAUGUACAGUGCAAGUAAAUAAAAGUGUUAACUUGUA